CCGCCUCUGCGCGCUCGCACCGUGGACCCUGUGGCUGGCUCGGCAGCGAACGCCCCAGCUGUCCUGUGGCCGAUCGUCCGUCCCUUCUCGGGACACGGGUGCCUCGCCCCCGACUGUCGCGGUUAGAGGAGCGCGGUCGCCGCACAGCACGAGGAAGUGAUGAGAGGCGACAGUCAGGAGCGGGGCUGACUGUUGUCAGCGGCUGGCUGGCUGGAGGGAAAAAAGAUGACCAUGACCAAGACUCACUGCGGCAAAAUCGCGCGACAUCUUGGCCGUGGUCGCCGAGCUUCCUCCCUCGGAGGGAGGAGGGAGGAGGGGGGAGGGAGGAGGGAGGAGGGAGGCGAGGCGGCGCGUCAGGGCGAGGGGCGCUGGAAGCGCCCGCCUGUAGCACCCACGCCGCCGCUCACCCUCGUCCUCGCUUGGCUCCUGUCUUGUGACUUUGUGUCGCGCGGGGGUGCGCCGAGGGGGGAGCGCCAGCCGAGCACGCGCGCGCCGACUGCUCGCCACCACCGUGCUCGUGGCGGCUGCUCCUCCUCCUCCCUCUCCUCCUCCUCCUC